AUGAAGCCGUUACCACUGGAAGAUUUCGUUUGGGCUGGUAUUCACCUUGUUGAUGUCAUCGCCCAUUUGGAGACGCUCGAGAUCUUCAGUAUGCUCCAGGGCCAAUGGGAGGUCCAUCACCAGGCUGCAAGGAAGGUCUUGGACCAUGUCGAGACAACUGUUCCACUUGGAAACCGCAGUUCAACAUCGGCGAUAGCGGAAGUAUUGUCUAACUUGCCAGAAGGUGAUGUGCGACGACGAUCGCUGCAACUUUCCAUCUUUAACUUUAUUUGGAUUGAUGUUCUGGCUAUGUCUACCUUUGGUGCGGUGUCAUACUGCCCUUGCGCCUUCGACUAUCUGCCUCUUCUAGAUUCUGAUAUAAUCAGGUCGCAGGACUUUAUGGGUUGUCAGAGCCAAGUCUUUGCCAUUGUCACCAGAAUUACAAGACUUGAGCAAUUGCAGCUGAUGCACCAAGGUGAAAAGCACCAGGAGUUUACAGGACCGGAAUUACAACAACAACACAGCGAACUAGAAAAGCAGCUUGGGUUUGUCUGCCGGGCUCUUGGAGAAGACAUUGAGGGCCUUGAAAGUGUACAUUCAGGUCUAGACCUCGACGCUGCAAUGAUAAGUCUCAUCUGGGCUUAUGGUGCCAGAGUCUUGUUGCAAGUUGUAAUUGCUCCAAUUAUGUCCGAGCAAAGGAGUAUCGACCAGACCUUUGUUAACAUUUGCCUCGAGAAACUGGAGGCUCUCCCUACACGUCUGGUGAUGCGUACAGCCUGGCCGUAUACGAUCACCGGAUGCAUGGCUAUGAGCGAGUCGCAACAUCACCGGUUUCGCCAAAUCCUUGAUCGGGUGCUGCAAGAAGCGCAAGCCCCUGGAAUAACGUGGAAAGGUCUUAUUGUGAUGGAGGAAUGUUGGAGACUCCGAAGAAUGCACCCUGGUCAAUAUUUCGGAUGGAGAGAAGCCAUGAAGAGUCUUGGUGCCAGGGUAAUUUUGACGUAG